CUAAGUAGUAAUUAGUCAUGGCUAAACUUUCUAACACCAUUACCCUUAUCUUCGUUGCUCUUGUUCUCUUUGCUGGUUUUGAAACACCAACAGUUGUCGAAGCACAACUUUGUAGUAGGAAAAGUGAGACAUGGUCAGGACGUUGUACAAAUGAUUAUCAGUGUAGGGAUCAUUGCGUUAACAAUGAUAGAGGAGUAAAUGGAUAUUGCGCUGGUGGCUACCCAUGGUAUAGAGCAUGUUUCUGUUUCUACACUUGCUAAUAUGAUUUAUCAAAAUGCUCUCUUUGUUGUUUGUGUGUUUAUCAAUUUUACAUAAAAAUAAGUUUGUA